GCCCAGUCUUCCUCGACAAAGUCGAAAGCUGGAUAUAAUCGGUCAUCCUCUCCGAGCUCUCCAGUCUUAGAACCUAAAGAAGAUAAAGUAUCAUCUCCAACACAAGGAAAUAGCUCUGUGAGUGAAUAUAUUAAAAUGAUUAAGCUAUAUGCUAUUAGCAUUGGCAAGGAUUUAGAUGAUAUAGAUGUUAAAGAAAAAUUCCUUGUUGGAUUAUCACCUGAUAAUGAAAAGCGUGUAGAAGAGUUUGGAAUUAAAAAACCUUUGUCUGAAAUUUUCAAUUUCUUACAUGAAAUUGCAGAUGAUCUCUCUGCACAUGGUACUAAGAUCGCCAAUGAACUUGACGGAAAAAAUAAUACAACUAUUACUGUGGAAAUCAAAAGAAUCCUUACUGAUGAUGUCUAUAGAAAACUUAUUGCAGAAAUUAAUACUAAAAUCAUCAACGAGCUUUCCACACGCCUGUCUGAAAUUAAUACUGAACUUAAUAGUAAACUUAUCGCAGAAAUCACCAAAAUUAAUACACGUGAUGCUGGCUACGCCUCUGAGGUGCAGAAAAUUUUUUCAAUGGUCAAUAACAUAACUACGAAAGUUAAUAAUAUCGAAGAAGCCUGCCGUAAUGAAUUUAGCAGAAUUAAUGUUGUUAUCGAAGAUCUCCAAAACAAAAUAAACCAACAUUACACAGUGGUUCAAAGAUCCGAUUUUGAUCAACAAAACGAAGAUUUCCAAAUAAUUGAAGAAUACAGAAUAUCCGGCCAAGAAUUUUUUAAAUUAACUAAAGAAGAACUUAGAGACUAUGGAUUAAAAGAGAGGCCGGCAACAAGAAUCACAAAAUUUUUUGAGGAAUUGA